AUGGGCAAGAAGAAGAAGAAGGGGGCGAGCGGCGCCGUGGGGCGGCUCGUGGUGACUUUCGACGAGGAGCGGCGGAGGGAGUACCUGACCGGCUUCCACAAGCGCAAGGUGGAGCGGCGCAGGGUGGCCCUGGAGGAGAUCCGGCGCAAGCUGAAGGAGGAGCAGAGGAAGAUGAGGGAGGAGCGGCACAAGGAGUACCUGAAGAUGCUGAGCGAGAGGGAAGAGGCGCUCGAUGAGGUUGAUGAACUAGAGCACUUGGUGACAGCGCGGACAGAGUCUGUGAACAUCGACCACCCAAACCACAUUGUAACGGUGACCACCAUCAGUGACUUGGACCUCUCAGGUGCACGCCAGCUGGGACUGACCACCUCUGAGGGAAAAAAUAUUGRAUCAGAAGAAGAGRAGGAGGAAGAGGUGAACAGACCUACAAGAGCAGUUCCCAAAAAGUCCAGAAACCCCUUCCUGUCUGAAAAGAUCUCCUCACUUACUGCCACGCUGCACAUGCACAGCCGGAAAAAGACGAAAGGAAAGCGACCCCAGCGGGGGCAAGGCCCACACAAGAAAAUCCGGAAGUCCAGCACAGGGCGAACCACGAAGACCCAACGGCGGAGACUGACGGGCAAAAUGGGACGUGACCAAGAUUAAGGGAAGGACUAGUGCUUGGACCAGCACCUGGGACAACUUUUGUAUCUGUCCAGUGGCUUCUUGCAGCCCAUUUGUCAUGAGCAAGGGCCUUGUUUACUUAACUCUGAUCAAUGAUGGGUCCGUCUUAGUUGCCCAUCUGAGCACUGGACAGGGUCACUGGAAGCUCUUCCCACUUAUUUCUUCGGUGACCUGCAACUAAGUGUUGGAUGCUCUGGAAACUCAAAACUUCUGUUGAGGCUCAGGCUAUGAACUGAGUGAGUUUUUUACUUAGUGAACUGAGUGAGUUUUUUACUUAGCAUAAAACUCUCCUGUCCUUGGACCUCUUCUUCCAAAGCUGAUACUUGGCUUUAUUAAAGGAGAGGAUCUAGGCUUGAGCAGGACAUCAUCAGGGAAAUUUAUGCACUAGGAAGAGUUCUGCUCCUGCUUUUACUGGUAUACAGUGCCCUUGUGUUUCACAGAGAUAUGGUUUGAUCUAGUCUCGUUUCUUCUGCAGUGCCACACCAGAGUGAAGAGCUGCUUGCCCUUCUUUUGAAGGAUCCUAUCCCAGAUGAGGUUUGGUGACUUUGAGUACACUUUUAUAAAGUCAGUUUGCCAAGAGGAAAUAAGGAAUGUGUGCUUUAUCUGGAACAUCAGCAAUAAUGCAAAUAUCAGUUGGGAAGAGGGUAGGUGGUUCUUGUUUCUUAGAGGAUCUUGAAACCCUCUGGUGCUCAAGAAAGAGUAGCCAAGAGAUAUUUCUGUGUAUACAGAACCAGACAGAGCAGGAAUGGCUCAUUUCUGUCUGCUGAAUGAACUGAUCUUAAUUCUGAUAGUCCAGAGGAGUAUGAAGUCCUCUAAUGCCUUUACUGUGUGUGUGGCCCUCUCAGUGAUGGAYAUGGGAGAGGCUGCCCUGCACCUCAGGGCUGCUGCAGUGAGGAGCAGUGCCUCAGGAAAUGGAUUUUAGCGUGGAUGCUUCCAGCAAGAAAGAUCUGCUUGCACCACUGGAGUUAAGGAAUGCCAGUGGCAAAACCAGCAGUAAAUUCUCUAAGGAAGCUAGAAGACUGUGUUAGCUUUAAUGAGCCAUAUGCACCGUAUUUAAAAAAGAAAAUACAAGGGCAAGUCUGGGGGGAUGAGUAGUGUUAAAGAUAUGGCCAUAUGCUUGGGUCAGUUUAGUGUUAGGACGGCAAUAGCUCUGGGCAGUACAGCAGCUCCUCCUUCUCGCCUGGACCUCGUGCUUGUCACUGUGACAGAAGGCAGCUUGUGGCUUGCAUUUAUACAGCUCCAGGAGUUUGCUGUAGAGCUGGAAUGGCCAUUUUCAAGGAGGUUCACUACAUCUGUGUGUGUGUGUAUAUAUUUUUUCUCACAACUGUAAAAYCUGCUAAAAUGUGGACCAUGAGCUUGGAAUUUGGGUUGCCUUCCUGAGCCUGAAGAAGGCCUGAAAUAGUAGUUGAGACAGCCCUGAAUUACCCAACURUAAUCCUGAAGGCUUAUCAAGACUGACUUCAACAGCACUUCAGUUGUUAUUUUGCUGCCAAACGAUUUAGAAGAAUCACUCCUC